GUGCAGCUUCCGGCCAGGAGGAUGGAGUGGCUCCUGGUUCUGUUGCUUCUGCUGCAAUGCCCGGGUGUCCCUGGGCAGCGCUCAGGGCUGAAUGACUUCCAAGUGCUCCGGGGUACAGAACUUCAGCACCUGCUACACUCAAGGGACCCUGGAGCUUGGCAGGAGAAUGUGCGAGACGCUGAGGAGUGUGCCAGGCGCUGUGUGUCUCUUCUCGACUGCCGAGCCUUCCACUACAAUGUAAGUAGCCAUGGUUGCCAACUACUGCCGCGGACCCAGUACUCACCUAACACAAGACUACAGCGUUCAGAGGGCUGUGAUCUCUUCCAGAAGAAAGACUAUGUACGGACCUGCAUCAUGGACAGUGGGGCCAGGUAUCGGGGCACUGUGGCCACCACCAAGAAUGGUCUGCCCUGCCAACACUGGAGCCACAAAUUCCCCGUUGACCACAAGUAUAUUCCUAACCUCCGGAAUGGCCUGGAGGAGAACUAUUGCCGCAAUCCUGAAGGGGAUGCGGGAGGUCCCUGGUGCUACACCACAGACCCCAGAGUGCGCUUCCAGAGCUGUGGGAUCCAGUCCUGCCGGGAGGCCGCUUGUGUUUGGUGCAACGGCGAGGAUUACCGUGGUUCGGUGGACCGCACCGAGUCAGGGCGUGAAUGUCAGCGCUGGGACCUUCAGCACCCGCACCCUCACCCCUUCGAGCCCAGCAAGUUCUUAGACAAAAGUCUGGACGAUAACUACUGCCGGAAUCCGGACGGCUCUGAGAGGCCCUGGUGCUACACCACCGACCCGCUGGUCGAGCGAGAGUUCUGCGACCUCCCCAGCUGCGGGUCCGAGGCACAACCGCACCAGGAGGCCACCACGCUCAAAUGCUUCCGCGGAAAGGGCGAGGGCUACCGGGGCUCCGCCAACACCACGGCGGCCGGUGUGCCCUGCCAGCGCUGGGACGCGCAGAGUCCGCAUCAGCACCGCUUUGCGCCCGAGAAAUACGCGUGCAAGGACCUUCGGGAGAACUUCUGCAGGAACCCCGACGGCUCCGAGGCGCCCUGGUGCUUCACGUCGCGGCCGGGCAUGCGCAUGGCCUUCUGCUACCAGAUCCCGCGCUGCGCGGACGACGUGCGCCCCGAGGAGUGCUACCGAGGCGCGGGCGAGCAGUACCGCGGUUCAGUUAACAAGACCCGGAAGGGCGUCCCUUGCCAGCGCUGGGCGGCGGAGACCCCGCACAAGCCGCAGUUCACGCCCACCCUGACUCCGCACGCCAAACUGAAGGAGAACUAUUGCCGAAAUCCAGACGGGGACCGCCACGGGCCCUGGUGCUACACCACCGAUCCCCAGACCCUAUUUGAUUACUGUGCCCUGCAGCGCUGCGAGGACGACCGGCCGCCAUCCAUCUUGGAUCCCCCAGGUCAGGUGCAGCUUGAGGAGUGUGGCCUGCGGGUGGACCGACAGCCCCAGAUGCGCUUGAACUUUCGAGUGGUAGGGGGCCAGCCUGGGAACUCGCCCUGGACAGUCAGCCUGCGCAACCGGCAGGGACAACAUUUCUGCGGAGGAUCGCUUGUCAAAGAGCAGUGGGUGGUGACAGCCCGCCAGUGCUUCUCUUCCUGCCAUGUGUCUCUCCUGGGCUAUGAAGUGUGGCUGGGCACCAUGUUCCAGAGCCCACAGCCUGGGGAGCCUGAUCUGCAGCGGGUCCCAGUGGCCAGGAUGGUGUGUGGACCCUCAGACUCCCACCUUGUCCUGCUCAAGCUUGAGAGACCUGUGACCCUGAACCAGCGUGUGGCCCUGAUCUGCCUGCCCCCUGAGCUGUACGUGGUGCCUCCAGGGACCAAGUGUGAGAUCGCAGGCUGGGGCGAAACCAAAGGCACAGGUGACGCCACGGUACUGAAUGUGGCUGUGUUGAGGGUCAUCUCUAACCAGGACUGUAAUGUCAAGCACCGAGGACGCGUACAGGAGAGUGAGAUGUGUACUGAUGGCCCGAAGGUCCCUGUUGGGGCCUGUGAGGGGGAUUACGGGGGCCCACUUGCCUGCUUUACCCACAACUGUUGGGUCCUGGAGGGAAUUAUAAUCCCCAACCGAGUGUGUGCCCGGGCCCGCUGGCCUGCCAUCUUCACACGUGUCUCCAUGUUUGUGGACUGGAUUCACAAGGUCAUACAAUUGGGCUAG